UUUUGUUGUUAUCGUACCGGAGGAGAGAGAGAGGGAGAGAGCGAGAGGGAGAGAGAGAGAGAGAGAUGCUGGAGGAGGCUGGGAGAUUCAUAUCGGCGUGGACAGAGAGCUGAUGUGACAGCGGGGAGGGGGGGAAGCCGAAAACUUGGAUUUCUACCUCACUGUCCUGCUUGUGUUCAUGUUUAUCCCGGGCUGAUGUCAGAAUGUCGGUGAACCCCCCCAGUAGUAACGAUGCCUGCCUCAGCAUCGUGCACAGCCUCAUGUGCCACAGACAAGGCGGCGAGAACGAAGGCUUCGCCAAGAGGGCCAUCGAGAGCCUCGUCAAGAAACUGAAGGAGAAGAAGGAUGAGCUGGACUCGCUCAUCACCGCCAUCACCACCAACGGCGUCCAUCCCAGCAAGUGCGUCACCAUCCAGAGGACGCUAGACGGGAGACUGCAGGUGGCCGGGCGUAAAGGUUUCCCCCAUGUGAUCUACGCUCGUCUAUGGCGCUGGCCGGACCUUCACAAGAACGAGCUGAAGCACGUCAAGUUCUGCCAGUAUGCCUUCGACUUAAAGUACGACAACGUGUGUGUGAAUCCGUAUCACUACGAGAGGGUCGUCUCUCCCGGCAUCGUUGGCCUCAGCCUACAGAACACAGCUCCCACCGGCAGGCUGAUUAAAGAGGAGUACACCCACGACUGCAUUCAGAUGGACGUUCCUCCUGGUUUACCUCCACAGUCAGACCACCAGGGGGCGAUGAAGCUUCCUGCACCGGAGCAUUACCCCCCACCGCUGCCACCUUUACAGAUGCCCCCCGAAGCAGCACGAUGCCCUCCGCCUGCCACCCUGUACUCCAACAUGCCCCUCUCCCCAACCGCAUCUGGCUCGAUGAUGUCCAUGCAGGGUGGUCACAACGAGGGUCUCCUGCAGAUCGCAUCCCCUCAGGCUCAGGUCAUGACCCCGACCCCUCCUCCCUCCACGCCCCCUCAGGCCCCGCCCACUCAGAACGGCUACAACGGCUCCAAACACACACAGGCGCAGGGCUCCUUUCACACUACUUGGACGGGCAGCAGCACGGCCUCUUACACUCCUAUAGGACGCCAACAGAGCAGCCGCACCCACCAGCCUCCUCUCCACCACCCCCACUACUGGUCUCAGCAUCACAGUUCCUCAUCAUUCCCUCCGCCAGUCUCCAACCAUCCAGGGCCAGAGUUCUGGUGCUCCAUCUCGUAUUUUGAGAUGGAUGUUCAGGUUGGUGAAAUGUUUAAGGUGUUGUCCAGUUGUCCUGUGGUGACGGUGGAUGGUUACGUGGAUCCAUCUGGAGGAGAUCGUUUCUGCCUCGGGCAGCUCAGUAACGUUCACCGUACUGAGGCUAGUGAAAGGGCCAGGUUACACAUAGGUAAAGGCGUGCAGCUGGAGUGUCGAGGCGAGGGCGAUGUGUGGAUGCGCUGUCUGAGUGAUCACGCCGUCUUCGUUCAGAGCUACUACCUGGACAGAGAGGCAGGACGAGCGCCCGGGGACGCUGUCCACAAGAUCUACCCAGGAGCCUACAUCAAGGUGUUUGAUCUGCGUCAGUGCCAUCGGCAGAUGCAGCAGCAGGCGGCCACGGCUCAGGCAGCGGCAGCGGCUCAGGCGGCCGCCGUGGCGGGGAACAUUCCGGGUCCAGGGAGCGUCGGGGGCAUCGCUCCUGCAAUCAGUCUCUCGGCAGCCGCAGGGAUCGGCGUGGACGACCUGCGCAGGUUGUGUAUCCUGCGUCUGAGCUUCGUGAAAGGCUGGGGACCCGAUUACCCGCGCCACAGCAUCACACACACACCCUGCUGGGUGGAGGUGCAUCUCCACCGCGCCCUACAGCUGCUGGAUGAGGUGCUGCACACCAUGCCUCUGGCAGACCCUGGACCUUCUAACUGAGAGCAGGGAGAGAUAACCACACACACACACACACACACACACACACACACACACACUCACAUAUACACUCUCACAUACACACACAGUGAUCAUAUCUCACGCACUGAGCAGGCACGGUUUACGUCUGCGCUUCAGUACUGUUUUUAAAGCGUCCUGGUUGACUUUCCCCUCAUACCUGGAAAAUGACAAUAUUCUGUUGGUUAUUUGUGAAUUUGCACCUUUUAACGUUUUUAUAAAGUCGAACACACGGUGAUGAUUGGUAGGCAGCGAGGAAAUCUAGUCUAAGUACGGCUAACGAUAUAGCUAGCUAGCUAGCAUCACUGGCUAGCUGUAUCGUUCUCACUAGUCUUAAAUACAGACAGUGUAGAGGUGAAAAGACAACGAAGUCCUAUCAGGAAUACCAACAUUUACCUCAGACGUGCUGGUAAAUGGCUGAAAAAAAGAACGCGUAUGACUAAAAUGAAGCUUUGAGCGCACGCAGCGUGAACAACAAACGGAACAUUUUACCGAAACGUGUCAACGUUGCGCCACGACUACAUGAAGGUCUCAGAGCCGCCAGGGAAAGUAGUGUACUUUUAAAGUAGUGAAUGCCACAAAAGUGGGCUGUUUAUAGUGAAUCAUCAUGUAAAUACAGAGAACACGCCCCACUUACGCUUAGCAUAGCCUACAGUACGUUACGCACGAGGCCGCGCUCGGGCGCGCUGAUAAAUGACGAAACACGGGGUAUUUAUUAGUGUAAAAUUACGCCGCGAGCGAGUUUGAUGUUAAGAGAUGUGUGAGAUGGCUUUCUAAAUAGCGGGAAUUCUAACUACCUGGUACCUGCAAGUUAGCGUGCCAUUAGCAAGCUCGCUAACUUAUCUAGCGGUGCGAAGUAAUGAAUUUAGACCCUCGUGAAAUGGCUACAGCGAACCCGAUCUGAACCACUAGACAUGUUAUCGUUCCUCAUCUAAUGUUGUACACAACUUCAUCGACCGUUUUAGCUUUUCGCGUCGGAAUACCUUCUGCGGCAGUCCAUUUCCUGGCCUCUACGCACAGGUUCCAUCCAAAACCAUGAAGGAUUCUCCAUUUUUCUUUCUCUUAGGAGAAUCCGUAACCCUCUACUGCAUGAAUUAUUACAUUUACGCCAAAAAAUGUUUUUUUGUUUGUUUGUUUGUUUUUUAAAAUGUAUUUUAUUUAAUUCAAGUAAUAAAAAAAUCUAGGGGGGUAAAUUGUUGCUAUAUGGCAACAGUGUACCAUGAUGGAAAGUAUUAUAUAGUCAAAAAUAACACAAAAUGUAUGAGAUUACAAUUCUGAUUAAUGCAUUUUCCAGACUAUAAGUUGGUGAGACUUUAUUUCUUUGUAAAAGUUAUAUCUUCUCGAAAGGAAUUACAGAGGUACAAAGUGUGUGGAUGGAUUUACUCACUCAAAAUACAUCGAAAAUUUACAUCCAGACAUCUUUUAAAUUCUUUCUCUUGAAUUCUUCAUUAUUUCUGUUGAAAUUAUACAAUUUAAAUUUAAAAACGUCUGAAAUUACAACCGUUUUUUUUUUUUUUUUUUUUUUUUUUACUUUGAAUGUGAAAAAAAAAAAAAGUGAAUACACUAUUAGAGAAGUUGUUGUCUGAACGCACAUACCACAGUUCCUUUAUCGCAUGUUGUUGCCGUCUGGCAACAAUUACAAUUGACCAUUUAACAGAAUACUCAAAACUUAUAAACUUGUUGAAAUGACCAAAAUAAAUAAAUAAAUAAAUGUUAACUUAGCUCGGACAGUUUUUCGGUUUUGUCCUUUAAGUAGUUUUGCCUAAACAUUGAAAAAUGUAUAACGUUUCGAGAGCCCGCUGAGGAUGACCUUCGCCGUGCCGAAAAGGAAGUACAAACCAGCACUUCCUGGUCAUCUGACACGGUAUUUCUUUUGUCAAAAUGUCAAAGUUAAAGCUUUCCAGUUAGAUAACAAAAUAGCAGUCUUGUAUUAUUGUCUAUGGAUAAAUUCUAAUAUAUACGGCAACGUCAUGCAGUAAAGGGUUAAAGGGUCUAUGUGUAAAAGUGUUUCUUUCUCAGAGAGAGAUACAGGGCCAACUAGAAGCCCUUUAGAAAGCUAGGAACAGAUGAGGAAUGUUGUUUUUUUUUUAUGGAACUGAUCUUAUUUUGAGUAUAAAAGUCUCUUAAGAUGGCGGCGGGGAUUCAGUCGAAGGGAAGUGGAAGGAGGGCAAGUCGCCGAGGACGUGUUACGGACAGUACUGUAACGUAGCCUUGCUGUUUAUCCUGUUGAUUCAUCUGAAUGCAAUCUAUGGAGGUGUUCCAUAGGGAUCGAAUGUACUUUUUUGCAGAAUAGAUGUAUGUAUUUGAUUUAGCACUGCCUGUCUUCUGAUUAAUGCAAGUUUCCUCUAGGCACGUGCCGAUAAUCAGUUCCCGUGAUAAUAUGAUAAAUAUAUAUAUAAUAUAUAUAUAUAUAUAUAUAUCACGGGAUUGUAUAUUGUUAUCGAAGACUACCCCUGUGUUCCACUCAGGAGGAGGCCACCUAGGUAGGCCACAUCAUGGGCACCUUGUAAAAGGUCAAACGUGUCCCGUUUACAUUUCAUCAUAACGGAUAAUUGUGAUAAUGCCAUGAACUGCAAUAAGUUUAAUUAGUCGGCUAUUGCGAUAGGAGGAUUUGAUAUCGGCACGCGCCUAGCUUUCACAGGGUUGAGUUCAGGGAAAUAGCUUUACUGCCCGUACACUCUCAGAAGCCAAAAGGUGCUAAACUGUACCUUUUCUUGUCACCGGUAGGUAACGUGUACUGUACCUUUAAAUCCUCACUAAAUUAAUAUUAGAUUUAAAUAAUAGUGGUCCUUAAGGAAUAGCUAAGUAUUUCAGCAGACUGGACCAAAUAAAUGAAAAAAUACUGUAGCAGAACUUGAAAAACAUAUAAAUAAAUAUGUAAAUAUAACAUUUAAAUAAUAAACAUAUAUAUAUAUUAAAAAAAAGUUAACAUUUUUUUGGAAUGCGAAGCAGCUCUGUGAUGUCCUCAGUUACGGCUAAUCCGAUCACGUGCGUUUAUGUAAAUUAUUCAGCUGACGGAAGCUCAUUGGUCCGCUAUCUGCCCUCUUCCGCAUACAGGAGCUCACAGGCGCCCAUGAUUGGCUAGUGUCGCUGUGAUUGACACGGCAGAGAGGGUUCCCCUCUCCCACUCAGAUAGCACGGCCGAUUCGAUCUCUUAGACGUCCAUCCGUGGACGGCUGUGGCAUCCAUCGUCGUCUAGACGAAAGGGCGAAAGCUUUUCCGCCGCACUAAAGGUAAAAAAACGAUCCCACCCGGAAAGAAGGAAAGGUACGGUUCAGCACUGCCUUUUUUGAGCGUGUGCACCGGUCCAGAUUUGCACAUGGUUGAAUUAUAGUAAUAAUAAUAAUAAUACAGAAUAGUAUUCAAUAAUACAGAGAAAUAUUCUCUAAUACAGAAUAAUUUGACUCACACACACACACAUAUACACACACACACACACACACACACACACACACACACACACACACGACGUCUGCAGGUUUGUUAAGUGCGUGAUAAUACCCACUCCUCAGAAGCCGGCUCCUUGAGGCCAAACUGUUCAGGAACUCUCUUCAGACGGAAAACAGGACAGACCUCGAAACCAGAACUCUCACUAUAUCCGUGCUUUGUGUUCCACAGCGUGUGAGGACAACACCUCCACUUCCCGUGCUCGUCCCGAGCGUGUCCGACGACCCACACGAGCGCAGCCUUCGAGCUCAUUUAUUUUCAUACGGGGGAAAAAAAAGAGGAAAAAAAAAAAAAAAGAAAAGACGCCGAAACAUCGUUCAGCUUUAAAUUGGUGGUGUUGGUAUUUGUGGUGCCGCCGUAUGGUGUUUGUAGCAAAUCAUCUGCCGUGUGGUUGUACACCAAAGCCUCAGAAUACCUCAUCGUAAUCGAGCACCCACCCGACGGUGGAUCUUUAUCUUUUAAGCCAAAAACGGGACAUUAUUUGCAGUCUUCAUUUCACCUCACGCGUACGACGAGAGAAGAUAGGACCACAACUCACCCAGCAACUGACUUAAAGCGCACACAUAUAUAUAUAUAUAUAUUUUUUACAUUUAAUUUAUUUAAGUCAAUGUUUCCUAACUCAAGCCCAUGAGUCUGCAUUGGCCUACAGGAAUAUCCUAAACGCUAACUUCCGCAACAAUAAUGAGGGAAAAAUAUGACACCACGAUACCUGAUAUGAAUCACCACCAACAAACGUCAAGCCAUAAUCUGAAAAUGUAUCUAUUCAGAGAUUUCUGCUUAUUUAAAAAAAAUCAAACACACCCACACACACACACUCACACACACACAAUAUCUCCAGAGCUAUUUUACGCACUGAUGGAUAUAUAUCAUUAUGUUAAUAUAUUACGAUAUCGCCCACCGGUAAAGUGUAACAAUUAAUGGUAGAGCUAUUUCAUGGUAUACUGUUGUACCUGUGUAUCGUACCGAAUGUCUUUUCUAUGCCUAGUUACUUUUAGACUAAAGCCUAGACUAUGGCGUCCAACUCCAGAGCGACCUUCUCACGGAGGACCGUUUUCAUCUCAGUUUAUCGUGCACGCUCCGUCUGACCGAGAUCUUCAACGGCCGGAGCGGGUGUGUAGGAUUUGUGCAGGAAGGGGAAACAGACAAGAGGAACGUUCAACCUUUUAAAUAAAAUGUCAACAACAACAACAACAAAAAAAAAAAAUAGACGAUUGUAUAUACGUCACAGUGAGUAUUAUGUGAAACAGUAUUGUAUGUGCUCACGGAUAUGCAUCGAUAAUGACGGGAGUGUUUAACCUUUAUGCACUUAAGACACGGGUGAAAGAAGGGUGAGAUGAGCUCGUACGCAUACGCAGACCACUAUUACUGUAUUACUAUUACGGCUUGCGUUACUUUUAUGUUGGAGAAUCCGGCGGCUUGGCGAGUCAGGCGUGUGCCGAUGGAUUCCGUCGGAGUACCGGAAUGUUCAAAAACGACGUCGUUAUCGUGGAGGUGUAAAUAUUUAUACUCGGACCCCCGGUCCUGUUCAGAAGGCCGUUAAAGGUGCAGUCAGUGAUUUUCACGUUGGAAAGACUUUAGGAAUAUUUGACGAAGCUCACCUCACAUUUCUUAUAUAGCUUUAAUAUCAUCAUCCAUCCAUCCGUCUUCUAUACCGCUUAUCCUUUUCAGGGUCACGGGGAACCUGGAGCCUAUCCCAGGAUGCAUCGGGCACAAGGCGGGGUACACCCUGGACAGGGUGUCAGUCCAUCACACACACACUCACACACGCUUUAAUAUAAAUCGCUUUAAUAGAAAGAGGAUUUAGAGGAGUGAUCUCUGCGGAGCUGCGGAUUCUGGAAAUGUGUGCGUGUGUGGGGGGGGGGGCGGAGUUAGGGAAGACAUCGUGCGGACCACCAACAUCCAACCAAUCACGACGAGGAGGCGUCUACGCUCGGCUGUCAAUUAAAAACAAUCUCAAAAUUGCACGAGGAUUAAGAUCCUCACACUUUUUCCUAUUAAGAUCCUAACACUAGUUGGUUUCUUACUGUUUUGUGUUCGAAUAAUAAUAAUAAUAAUAAUAAUAAUAAUAACAACAAACAUCAAUUAUAUAUAUAUAUAUAUGUAUAUAUAUGUAUAUGUAUAUAUUAGAGAUGCUCCGAUGUAUCGGCCAAUAAUCGGUAUAUAUAUAUCUUUACCCAACAUUCCCUAAAAUCACUGACUACACCGUUACCUGCUCGUUUUUGGUCAUCGUUAAUAAUUUCCCUACUGUUUUCUUCUUUUCUUAACUUAAUAUUCGUGUCUGUAGCUCAUCAAAGUCGUUUUUAUCCGUCAGUACGGGAUCUUACCGAGUGUUUUUUUUUUUUUUUUUUUUUUUGUGAUCGUUGCGGCCAAAAACGCUUUGAUUUUGCUGCGGCGCGUUUUGAAAAACAUUUACGAUGCGACGUGUGGAUGAUUUUUUUUGUUUUUUUUUUGUUUGGGGGGGGGGGGGGGGUGUUUUCUUUUUUGCGGAAAUCUACUUCGCAGAAAUCGGCGGAAUCACAGUUGCACGAAAUAGUUGAAAUUCCUAGAAGGAACUGGUUUUAUGAUUAAGUUCAGCCGGCUAUUAUAAAUACAACUGAGGCCAGGAUUGUUGGCGUUAGCGAGCUAGCUUAUAAAGCAGCUUUGUUAGUUACGUUGCUGUCUGUAAACCUGCCUCUUCAAAAACAAAUGCUGUUUUUUAAAAAUUAUUAUUUAGUUUUCAAUAAAUCUACACGCUGAACAGGGUGAUUAUUAAUGAAUAACUGGCGAUCGCGUACAGUGAGACGCUUCAGAUGUCGGUUGAUGGUUAAAAUACAUUAGCUAGCUUAUAAACUACGCCUUGUUACUUUAUAGCUUGCUCGCCCGUAACUCGGAUAAAACCCUGUUCAGAAAUAUUCAUUUUAUUUAGAGUGUUUAUUAAAGCCACAUAGUUACCAAGGGAUUAUCAGUGAAUAAAGCGUAUCACGUACGACGAGGCUGCUCCCGAGGUUUGUUGCAGUGUGUUAGCUAGCUUGUAAAGUGGCGUUGUUAGUUCGGUUCCCCGGCGUUAACUCCGUCGAGGUUUUAUUUAUUAGCAGCUUUUUAUUAAGACUAGUUUAUGAAGUAACUUCCGUAGACCAUUCGGUCUCUGUUAACCUGAGUUUUACAAAGUUAGCUCGGGAUUAUUAUUCGCGGAUCAACGAGCAGCACGUGCACUACGAUGAGACGUACCCCGCGGUUAUCUGCGCUUAAAACGGCGCUACACGCGAACGUUUUUCAGACCGUCUGUAACACCGUUCAACGUUAUAAACCGUAACGAGACGUUAUAUGAUGUCCUUUAUCGCUCCACGUUAUAAUGAGGCAACGUCGGCACACGUCUAAUUUCUAAUUAAGUCGUGUGACCUUUCCGAAAGGAUCUUGUUUCAUUUUUGUGGUUGUGUACGGGGUUUUUUGUUGUUUUUUCUGACAGCGACUAUGGAACCCUCACUAUGUCCGGAAUGUAUCUACUCCUCGUCAGCAGUUACACAGAGCUUUCAGGUUUCACGAUGGACGCAAGAGUCCGGGUUGUGUACGACGUAGGCUCAGGUCACGCAGAGAACUCCAGGCCUCUGUGAACUUAAAUACAGAUACAAUAUUUACGCUUAUCCUGCCUUUUUAAAAAAUAAAUAAAUAAAAAAAAUCAUUCAGCAUCGUUUCAUACGUUUUUAGAUGUACGCUGGUGAGAUUCAAACCUGGACUUCAACCUGACGUCAGAUCGGACCAGUGAGAAUUGAUUAACCCCGCCCCCUCCGAUCUCUGAUCCUGGUGCCACAAGUCCGUUCGGCUCUGCUUGAACUUGUACAUAACAUUUAAUACACGAGCUGUCGGUGAAUUAACAUAGUGAUUUUAAGCAUUUGUUAUGAAAUAGAACAUAGAGUUUAGUUUUGCUACCGCAUAGCUUGCUAAGUACCGUAGCGCAGAAACAGACGUCGGGUCCGGACCCAUCGGGCGUCGACCGUUCCGGACAACGUCUCCGUUUUUUGUUUGUUUUUUUUUGCCUUAGAACAAGGUGAAACGAAGGUCGGCGUCUCCCGCAGCUGCCGCCGUCGUGUGAGAGUAGGCUUGUUUAUAACACCUUGUGUCACCGCUCCCACUUCUGCUACGAUAUAUUUGGUGUUCUGUUGUAGCUUCUCUGAGAAUAGAAAGUUUCCUUCAGUCAUUGUUCAUCAGGACAAACUAAAAAAGCGCUCGUCCCCCGUUUGCCUCUGAUGCUUAAUGAAGUUAUAAAAUACAUGAUGAAAUCAAGUGUCAGUAACAUGACAAUCACCGAACUGGAAAAAUCCAAUCGAAAGCAUUCCACGUGUUUCUUACAAAGUAUUUAUCAGUAUGUUACCUGCUGUGAAAACUGGACUAUUUUAUUGAUAUUGUUAUUUCAGUUAAUGUUGUAAUUAGAAUUAUUUUAUUGUUGAAGGAUGUUCGGCUCCUGUAUGUUGACUGUACACCAAAGUUAAGUAAAAAAAAAAGAAAAAAGAAAGAAUCAUUUUGA